CCGUUUCUGGGUCGUUUUUUGUCUUGGCGGUUCUCUUCGUGUGACGCGUGGCGCAGAGUUUGUCCGUUUCCGUUUGUCAAAAUUUCCGUUUCCGCGUCCGCGGUGUGGGUUCGAGCACCGCUGACCAGCUUGCGUUUUCCACCGACGAAACUGACACAUGCGGUGAGCCUUGUUUCGUUCUUUGCGCGCCGAAGCGCUCGCUGCUGGUUUCCCGCGCCUGUCUGGAAGAAGACGCCGUUCUCUCUCUGUGGAUACCAGACGCCGUUAACGCUGCUGCCAGACAACUUGAAAGUGUUUUUCCGAGAGGGCUUUUCCGCAGUUCCAAAACAUUCCACCGUGUUUCUACCGUUUUGUCGGGCUUUUUCGCGUGCACGCAUUUCCGUGGGACAACCAUCGUGGCCCCUGCUCGUCUUCCACUCGCCACCGUAAAAGCUAGGUUUCCAUCGCACCGUCAGCCACCGUCGACCGUCCACCCGCCCUCCCCCCCUGGCGUGGCCCGUCUCGCGACUCACUUUCCUCGGAACCGAGUCGCGAUUGUGUGCAACGAAGAGCGAAUUUUCUCCAUUUCCAACAAAAAGUGUCUCAACGAAGCGGAGAAACAUCGCCACACUACUGUUCUCCGCCCCAUUCUUCCGCAUUUCCAACCUGUAUAAAGGUAUCCCCUUUUCUCUGUCGCGGAUGUGUGUGUGUUCUAGCCUCUGUGUAUCGGUAUGCGAUGUCCAAAAAGUAGCUGAGUGCGUUGGCGUCUGUGUGUGCGUUUCCUGUUGUCUCCUUUGUCCUCGGAGUCCCUCCUUUUGAUCGUUUCCAGAUUGUUUCCUCUUGGCGCUCGCCAGCCUCCGUUCUGUCGCAGACUCAAAACCGCCGUGUCCACCCGCUGUUGGCGGCUACACACCCGCCACCUUUGUCUUCUAUCGGUGUACACACCCCCCUCCCACACUUGCGUGCGUUGCAGAGAACGCAUUUUUUUCUUUUUCCCCGCUUCCCCGCGUUUCUCUCCUCAGUCCCCCUUUUCCCAGUGCCCCCGGAAGUCGCUCGUGUGCCCGUCUCAACUCUGGUGUGCCUGUCGCCUUCCCGCCGAGCAAAAAAAUGGAAAUCCCGGCGCCCUCGAGUCCGACCGCUCUCAAGGCGGCCGUACCCGUCUCGUCUCCGACCAUGGCUCUGCACACACACGGGUCUCUCAGCAGUUCUUUUUCAGAGGCCGUUUCGCCGUCCAAAAAGACAGGAUCUGCUGGCGCCUCUCCCGUCCACGGCGCAGGUCGUGGCAUGUACGUCGUCAACCGCCGCGGCGAAGAGGAGCCUGUUUCCUUCGACCAGAUUCUGAAGAGAAUAGAGAAGCUCUCUUUCGGCCUCCACCCUCUCGUCGACCCCGCUCGCGUUGCACAGGCCGUUAUCAACGGCAUGUACGCGGGGAUUCGAACAAGCGAGUUGGAUGACCUGGCUGCACAGACCAGCGCUUACAUGGCCGCUUCUCACCCUGACUUCUCCAGACUGGCUGCUCGGAUCGCCAUCGACAACCUCCACAAAAACACAACAGACAACUUCUUGACUGUCAUCGAUCAGCUGCAUGGCUACGUCGACAAACUGGGGCGCGAGGCGAAGCUCGUCAGCACUGAGGUGUACGAAUUCGUGAGGGAAAAUGAGCAGGCGCUGAACGAGGCUCUGAACUACUCCAGAGAUUUCGACUACGACUAUUUUGGAUUCAAGACACUGGAACGGUCGUACCUCCUGAAGAUCCACGACCGGAUUGUCGAGCGUCCCCAGCACAUGCUCAUGAGAGUCGCAUGCGGCAUUCAUUGUGGGGAUGUGGAGAAAGCAAUCGAAACCUACGAACUGAUGAGUCAGAAGUUCUUCACGCAUGCAACGCCGACCCUGUUCAACGCCGGCACCCCCCGCCCACAGAUGAGCAGCUGUUUUCUGCUGACGAUGCAAGAGGACUCGAUCGAUGGAAUUUUCAGCACACUGAAGCAAUGCGCGUUGAUUUCCAAGACAGCUGGGGGCCUCGGUCUCGCCGUGACAGACAUUCGAGCCACAAACAGCUACAUCCGAGGAACGAAUGGCUACUCGAAUGGCCUUCUGCCGAUGCUCAGAGUCUUCAACGACGCCGCGCGCUACGUCGACCAGGGCGGCGGCAAACGCAAAGGCAGCCUCGCCAUUUACUUGGAACCUUGGCACUUUGAUGUUUUUGAUUUCCUCGACAUCAAGAAGAACCAUGGCAAGGAAGAGCGACGGGCGCGCGACCUCUUCUGCGCCCUCUGGAUCCCAGAUCUCUUCAUGGAACGUGUGAACGACAACGCGGGGUGGACGCUGAUGUGCCCUAACGAAUGCCCCGGUUUGACGGAGGUGUGGGGCGACGAAUUCAAAGAGUUGUACGAGCGCUACGAACGCGAAGGUCGAGGCCGGAAGACGAUUCCAGCUCAGCAUCUUUGGUUUGCGAUUCUCCAGGCGCAGAUCGAGACGGGGACGCCGUACAUGCUGUACAAAGACGCAUGCAAUCGGAAGAGCAACCAGAAGAACUUGGGAACGAUCAAGUGCAGCAACUUGUGCACAGAAGUCGUCGAAUAUACGAGCAAAGACGAGGUGGCUGUCUGCAACUUGGCCUCCGUCUCGCUGCCCAAGUUCGUGGACCGCGAGAGCCGAACUUUCGACUACGAACACUUGAAGCGAAUCGUCAAAGUCAUGACGAGAAACUUGAACCGCGUGAUCGAUCGAAACUACUACCCAGUCCCAGAAGCGAAGAAGAGCAACUUGCGGCACCGACCUGUCGGUUUGGGAGUCCAAGGUCUCGCAGACGCCUUCAUGCUUCUUCGCUAUCCGUUCGACAGCCCCGAAGCUCGCGUCUUGAACAGAAACAUCUUCGAGUGUAUCUACUUUGCCGCUCUCGAGGCCAGCUGCGAACUCGCCGCCGAAGAAGGCCCCUACGCGACUUACGAGGGAUCGCCGGUGUCUCAGGGCAUUCUCCAGUUCGACAUGUGGGGUGUGACUCCGUCGAGCGGUUUGUGUGACUGGGAUGGUCUGAGAGAGAAGAUCAAGGCACACGGAGUGAGAAACUCGCUCCUCGUGUCUCCGAUGCCUACGGCCAGUACCUCUCAGAUUCUGGGGAACAACGAGGCGUUUGAGCCGUACACUUCCAACAUUUACUACCGCCGAGUGUUGAGCGGAGAGUUUUUCGUAGUGAAUCCACACCUGCUGCGAGACUUGCUCGAGCGGGACCUGUGGUCUGAGGACGUCAAGCAGCAGCUGAUUGCGCACAACGGCAGUGUCCAGAACAUGGACGUCAUCCCAGACGACUUGAAGGCACUGUACAAGACCGUUUGGGAGAUCAAGCAGCGCGUCGUCCUCGACCUGGCGAUCGACCGGGCACCGUUCAUCGACCAGUCUCACUCGCUGAACAUCCACAUGGUCAAUCCAACCUACGCGAAGCUCUCCACUAUGCACUUUUACGGCUGGAGAGGCGGCCUGAAAACUGGGCUGUACUACCUCCGGACGCAGGCGGCAGCGGACGCGAUCAAGUUCACUGUCGACUCGCAACUCGCCAUGAGUGCGAAAGCGAAACUCAGCGGCGCCACUGUGGGAGCUCUCACGACGACCAGUUCCGGCGCCGACGAAGACAAGCGACAAGACGUCGCAGAGACGGAGAAAAUCGAGCCUGUAGCUCCCGUCUGCAGGUGGAGACGUACAGGCGCUUCUCCAGAUGAACCCUGUGAAAUGUGCUCAGGCUAAUCGCGUGCGUCAGCAUGCAACGUACAUAUACACAUAUAUAUACAUAUAUACAUAUAUAUAUAUAUAUAUAUUUAUUUAUUUAUAUAUUUAUUUAUUUAUAUUUACAUAUAAAAAUUUGAUAUAAACGAAAAUGCAUAUGCAUACACUUGUACACAGCCAAAUGUGUUUCCAUAUGUAUAAGUGUGUGAAGAGUGUACAGUUGUCUCGUAGAGGCGGACGGAUGGGGAUUCGAUCUUUUGGGCUGCUCAAGGUUGCAUGCGUCGCUUCUGAAAGCAGAGGGGGAAAAGAAGCACGGUGAGGAGAGUCCGAAACAUUCUGCGCGGGCGUUUCUACAACUUGGCACUCGCGAGAAAACAGUGUUUGUCAAAAACAGAAUUCUUGGGUCUUGUCUGAGUCGCGGAACCUUUUGUAUUUACUCGAACGUUUGUACGAGAGAGCCCUGAGUCCUCAAAUGUCGCUCCGGUGUGCCAUUUUCGUGGUUUUCGAGUUUCCACAAAUGCACAUGCGAUCGCAUUUUAUACAUGUCGCUCUGUGCAUUCACCUAUAUGGCUGUACAGAGAGAGGGAUGAUUUCCUUGCGCAGGACUCUGGGAUUUGUCGACUUGUUCGUUUCUUCACCUUUGGCAAGUUUUACGCCUUCCAAGAUCCGAUUCACUGUUUAAAAUGCGUUUUUUGUGUAAGGUGCACUUGUAUGCAAAGAAUCUUUCGCACUUGAGAAUGGGUCUUUUCUGGCCUUCGUUUGUAUCACAGUGACGCGACUCUUCUUCGCUGCAGCACUUUGUGGGGAGUCUUGCUUGUGCAGUUCUGUUUUGACAGGGAAAAGACCUUUGAACGUUUCGAGAAAGAGCGGAGAAUCUGGGGACUUGGCCGUCUCUCUAGCUCCGUUUGCUUGACUUUGUGUAACUGUCUGAUGCUCUCUUCGCGGCACCGUAUGCGCGCCUGUGCAUGCGAAGCGACUCUCACGGGCAGAACCGACAACGAAAAGGAACAUCCAUUGAGAAGAAAAA